AUGGAUCCAGAAAAAUUAAAAGAAUUUCAAGAUAGAUAUGAAUUAGAAUCAAUGGGUAUUAUUGGCGAUGACGAAGAUCAAGAGUAUAACAAUUAUAAACUAUCAAUAGAGAGUGGUGGUAAUGGCAUGAUGAUAGACGAUUCUAAAUCACAAUACACAGCAACUUCACAACCAGUUUUAGAUGACGAUGAAUAUGAAAGACAGGCCCAAAUAGCAUUAAAACAACAACAAGAAAAGCAAAGACAAAUGGAGUUGGAAAUGCAAAAAGAGUUUGAAAGAUUAGCAGCAGAAGGUCAAGGUGAGCCUGAAAUCGAUUUUGAAGAAGAAGAAAGAAAGCGACAAGAGGAAGCAAGAAAAAGAUUUUUAGAAAAACAGAAUAGAAUGAAAAAUUCACCAAAGAAAAAGACACCAGAGGAAGAGGAAAAAGAAAGACAACGUUUAGAAAAACAAAAAGAAAGGGAUGCACAAAGAGAAUUAAUGAAACAGGCUUUGGGUGGCAAACAAGUUAUUAAAAAAGAUGAUAAUGAUAGUGCAUCAAACGAAAAACCAGUUCAAAAUCAACCACCAGUAGAAGAGCAACAAGUAUCACAACCAACGCCAACUCAAUCAACUUCACAGCCAGUAUUAGACGACGAUGAAUAUGAAAGACAGGCCCAAAUAGCAUUAAAACAACAACAGGAAAAGCAAAGACAAAUGGAGUUGGAAAUGCAAAAAGAGUUUGAAAGAUUAGCAGCAGAGGGACAAGGUGGACUUGAAAUCGACUAUGAAGAAGAAGAAAGAAAAAGACAAGAGGAUGCAAAAAGAAGGGUACUUGAGAGACAAAAUAAAAUGAAACAACCAGCUCAAGCCAAAACACCAGAGGAUGAAGAAAAAGAAAGACAACGUUUAGAAAAGCAAAAAGAAAGAGAUGCACAAAGAGAAUUAAUGAAGCAGUCUAUAGGCAGUAAAUCAUCAUCCCAAAAAGAAAAACCACAAGAAGAUCUCUCAGAAAAAAUACCAGUACAAGAACCUACACCAGUAGAGCAACCAAUUGCAUCACAACCAGAACCACGCCUACGUUGCUCUCAGCCAGUUUUAGUGUUCGAUGAAUAUGAAAGACAAGCCCAAAUAGCAUUCAAGCACCAACAUGAAAAACAAAGACAAAUGGAAUUGGAAAUGCAAAAAGAGUUUGAAAGAUUAGCAGCAGAAGGUCAAGGUGAGCCUGAAAUCGAUUUUGAAGAAGAAGAGAGAAAGCGACAAGAAGAAACUAGAAGAAGGGUAUUAGAAAGACAAAAUAAAAUGAAGCAACCAGCAAAAGCCAAAACACCAGAGGAAGAGGAAAAAGAAAGACAACGUUUAGAAAAACAAAAAGAAAGAGAUACACAAAGGGAAUUAAUGAAACAAGCUAUGGGUGGUAAAUCAUCAACACCCAAAAAAGAAAUUCCUCAAGAACCAAAGGAAGAUCAAUUAAAAGCAACACCACAACCACCAUCACCAAAAGCACCAUCACCACAACCACCAAUAGAGCAACCACCAACAGAGCAACCACCAUCUCAGCCACAAGCAGCUUCACAAAUAGAUGACGAUGAAUACGAAAGACAGGCUCAAAUAGCAUUAAAACAACAACAGGAAAAGCAAAGACAAAUGGAGUUGGAAAUGCAAAAAGAGUUUGAAAGAUUAGCAGCAGAAGCAAAAGAAAGAGAUGCACAAAGGGAAUUAAUGAGACAAACAAUGAGUGGUAAAUCAUCAACACCUGAAAAGGAAAACUCACAACCAGCAGAAGAAACAAAAAUUGAAAAUAAACCAGCACCACAGCCAGUAGAGCAACCAAUUGCAUCAAAACCAGCACCAACUCAAUCCAGCUCACAACCAGUAACAGAUGAUGAUGAAUAUGAAAGACAAGCUCAAAUAGCAUUAAAGCAACAACAAGAAAAGCAAAGACAGAUGGAACUUGAAAUGCAAAAGGAACUUGAAAGAUUAGCAGCAGAAGGUCAAGGUGAACCUGAAAUCGAUUUUGAAGAGGAAGAAAGAAAGCGACAAGAAGAAACUAGAAGAAGGGUAUUAGAAAGACAAAAUAAAAUGAAACAACCAGCAAAAGCCAAAACACCAGAGGAAGAGGAAAAAGAAAGACAACGUUUAGAAAAACAAAAAGAAAGGGAUGCUCAAAGGGAGUUAAUGAAACAGGCUAUGAGUAAUAAACCAAAACCACCAAAACAAGAAGAACCACAACCAAUUCAAGAGCAAUCAAAUAAUGAUGAUGAAUAUGAAAAACAAGCACAAAUAGCAUUAAAACAACAACAAGAAAAACAAAGACAAAUGGAAUUAGAGAUUCAAAAAGAGUUUGAAAGAUUAUCAACUGAAGAAAAUCAAAAUGGGCCAUCAGAAGAAGAGCUUGAAGCAGAGGCAAAGAGAAAGGAAGAAGAGGUUAGAAAAAGAUUUUUAGAAAGACAAAAGCAACAGCUUCAAACUAAGAAACCAAUCGAUGAAGAAAAAGAAAAAGAGUUAAAAGAAAAACAAAGAGAAAAGGAUCAACAAAGAGAAUUAAUGAAGCAAGCUAUGAACAGUGCCAAAAGCCAAAAUCAAAAUCAUAAUCAAAACAUUAAUGCUGAACAUGAAGAAAUUAAAUCAGUGGAACCACACCAUCAACCAUCAUCGGUACAACAUUCACAACCACAACCAAUUUUACAACAGCAACAACAACAACAACAGCAACAACAGCAACAACAACAACAACAACAGCAAAACCAAUUUUAUCAACCACAGUAUGGUAGUCCAACUCAUCAUAAUCAAUAUCAAAAUAUGUAUCAACAUUCACCACACCAUAAUCCACAUCAAUUCAGUAAUAAUACACAAUCACCACCAGUCCACAUGUAUCCAUACCCACCCCAAGCUUACUUUUAUCCACAAAAUACAGCAAUGUUUACUCAAGAAGAUGUCGAUCGUCUUUUAGAAAAACAAAAGAAAGAGAUACUAAAGCAGUGUUCCGAUGAAAGUGCAAUUUUAACAUUCGAAUUUGAAGAUAUACAAUUAAAAUUGGAAAGAGAACAAAGAAGCUGUUUAACAUUAAAAGGUUUACUAUCACAAUAUGAAAACACAAUGAAACAGAUGAUUGAUCAACCUGCACCAGUACCACAAAAUUCCGCAAAAUUAAGUGAAGCUUUAAUUGAUAAUGAACAAUUAAGAAAGCAAAUUUUUGAAUUAAAAGAAACAAACUCGCAACUUAAUAAAGAGAUUCAAAUUCAAGUUUCUAAAUUUAAUGCCCUAAAAGCACAUGCAGAGGCAAAGUUAGAUAACGCAUCAGAACAAUUAAUCAAAAUAAAAGAAGUUGCUAAAAAAGAAAUUGAUGUAUUAAGUGUAAAAUUAAAUCGUUCAGAAUCUAAAUUGGUUCUUAAAGAAAAGCAGUGCGAAGAAUUAGAGAAACUAUGCGACGAAUUAAUUUCAAAAUUACAAAAUUCAGAAAAUAAUGUUUAA